AUGGAAAGGAGGCGAAGAAAUGGUGGGAGGAAUCAAAGGGCUUGUACGGGUUGUCGCCAAGUCAAGGUACUUUCUCCACAAAUUCCAACGUCCUGCGCUAACGCCCCAAAGCUACGAUGUGAUGGCGCGCAGACUUUCCCAGCAGCUUGUUCACGGUGUCAGAAAAACAAUAUUAAAUGCCGGACAGACCCAGGUUUCAAGCGGAUGCCCGCUCGGAACGCUUUCAGACGGUUAGAGGAAGUCACGACCCAGUUGAAUGAAGUCCAGGCCAGUUUUGCAACAAGGCUCCCAAAUGGAACCCCUGAAUCUUCAGCCCGUACACAAGCUUUGCCACUCCUUCAGAACACAUGCCAAGCUACAAAGCUUAUGCACGACACCCAUGGAGAUUUUCCGCACUUCUACCCGCUGGAUAAUCUACCAGACCUCCCAUGCCUAGGUCAGAUCAUCUUAGAGAGCAUUCAAACGAAAAGUUUGUUUGAACACUUCGGAUCAAAUUAUUAUCGGCAUUGUCCGAUCUUAGAUACUGAAGUGUCAGUCAAAGAAUUACAUCAAACUUCACCCGUUUUGUUCUGGACUAUUAUCAUGAUUGCUUGUCGAUGGCAUGUUUCGCUCUCUUAUCUAUAUGAUUCGCUCUUGGAGCCGUAUCGAAGUCUACUUGGGAGAACAUUGGUCGAGCCUAUACACUCUAUUGAAUCCAUACUAGCCAUCGCCCUGCGGUGUUUCUGGCCUCUCUCCGUUCCGCGGCAAGUCGAUGAUCCCAGUUGGAAUUAUUGUGGGUUUAUGACCAACGCCGCAAUGAAGAUGGGACUCAACAAAGCGCAGAGGGAUUCUCAGGGAACCGCGCCAAAGAGCACCGUAAGUCUUAGGAGACUGGCAUGGAUUGCAUGUGUCCAAGCCAAUUGCAUCCAUGGGUGGACCUCAGGUGUAGCCGUAUCCGCCGAACUGCUAAGAAAAUUUACUAUAGCGCCAUCACUAUCUACAAGAGUUGAAAGGGGUUUUGCUCUCAAGGUACGGAUUAUGCAGCAGACUGCAAUUUCAUGUUCGACCCUCACAGGUCUCCGCGAAAAUUUGGAUUCGUGGGCUUUUGUUCAGAGCCAGUGCAGAGACCUAGACACUCUCCGUGAUGCAUGUGGCAACGACGAAUGGACAGCAGAGAUGGAUGUCCUUACUUUUGGAGGACAGCUUCACCUGUACAUGAUUCAACUUGAGCGAGGGGAAAGAUUGCAUAAUGUUUCACAAGCUGAAGGCAAUCAGGAUAAUGCCUCUUCCCAGCUGAGCUUUAUCAAUCUCGCCUACAUGACCGCAACCCAGUCAGUCCAUUCAUUCUCAACUAUGCUUGAAGUUGCAAAAAGACACGACAACACCGACACUCAAUCUCCUCAGCGGCACCUCCCAAAACACUAUUUUGGACUGCUAUUGCUUGCAAUGGCUUUUUUGUUCAAAGUGAAAAUUUUCCACGCACAGGACGUCACAUCAAGCCAAAACCGUACUGAUGCAAGUCUUCGUGCGGUCUACGAAAUUCUCUCUUCGUGGUCUGGGGGUGAACUAGAUGAGACUGGCAGGGCAAUUCGUCUCAUGGACGUUCUUGCGCGGAAUGAAAAGGAGAUAAAGUUGAGAUUGAAAGAGUCCACCUCCGAGGGCCGACAGGGUCUUGAAAUUUUAGACAAUUUAAUCUCCACUGCGAAGACGAUUCGAGAAAGCGCGCAAGCGGCUACAGAAAUAACGAGCAACGAGGCCAACCAAGUAGCUGACCAUGUUCCGGGACUCGAUAAUGAUCUAGGCCUCAUUGAAGGAUGGCAAGACUCGCUGCUGGACUGGAAUUUUCCCUGGGGGCUUGAUCUACCAUGGGUCGACCAGUACGACCUUGAUAUUGGAACUACUUGA